CUUUUUUUCUUUUUUACUUUCGCUCUUUUCCUCCCGCAGUGAUGAAAACACAUGUAGCUGGCUUCGGCCGGCUGCUUACCAUUCCCCGCAUAGCAAUGGCCUUGUUAUUAUACACCACCUUCAUCUACUUCGCCAUUAUAAGUCUUACUGAAACUUCACUCCCGACCAUAACACCUGCUCAUAAACGAGCCCUCGACUUGUUAUCAUCCGACCAAGGCCAAUUUAUCAUAGAAAACCUGCAAAAAAUAUCGGAUAGGAUUCGAGAAGAAGAAGAAGAAGUCAAAGUCCCAUCCUCAGAACAGGAGAACAGUCAAGAACGUGUUACAUACGACUACGACAGCAUCGCUCGUAACACUGACCCAAACCACACCAAAGCGCAUUUACAGUUCUGGCAGAAUUUGGCACCCAAAGCUAUCGAAACAUAUAAGCAAGAUUGGAGGAAGUUUGUUUCCAAUCUUUUACCUUACUCUUCUUUCCAAAGCAAAUAUGAAGGAACAGGAAUUGUGUUCACAGCAGGCAACAAAGACACUCUGAACCGAACGCUAACCAUCAUUAGCAUCAUGCGAGAUUUUGGCUGUAAUUUACCUGUGGAGGUUUGGCAUCUAUCUGAUGAAACACCUAGUGCAAAGGAAGUCAAGCAACUGGAGGCUCUGAAUGCUGUUAGCAAAGAUCUGUCAGACUCCAAUUUAGUCCGACCAGUCCAAAAAAAGAGAGAUGCUGAGAAACAAUUCCAGAUUAAAGCUGCAGCUAUCAUUAAUUCUGAGUUUCAGAAGGUGUUGUAUUUGGAUUCUGAUAAUAUUCCUACACGCAAUCCAGAAUAUCUGUUUCACAGCAAAGAGUUUGAGGAGACUGGCGCAUUAUUUUGGCCAGACUUUUGGAAAACGCAUCCUGAGAAUCGAAUAUAUGAUAUCCUCGAUAUUCCUUGUAGUGAUACUUGGGAACAAGAGUCUGGACAGAUUUACCUGGAUAAAGAAAGAACUUGGGUCCCACUACAGUUAGCCUGGUAUUUGCAAAGCCAUCAUGAACUUUAUUUCCAAUUAUUGAACGGCGAUAAAGAUACGUUUAAAUACGCUUGGGAGGCGUUGGGCGCACCAUACCAUAUGGCGGAAACUUUUCUAGGUAUGGCUGGCACCAUGGUAGAAGGUCGGUACUGCGGACACACCAUGGUUCAAUAUGAUUUGUACAGUUCUGGGUACGGCGAGGCGAGCCCGUUGUUUAUCCAUGCCAAUUUACUCAAGAUCACGGAUAAGACCCAUUUCGAGCAAGGAGGAAAGGAACGACCUUGGGAUACAUUGAAACGAUAUACCGCCACUCGAGGAAACACAUGGCUCCACCCGGAAUUCUACAUAGCACCCUUAGGUCGUGCAUGCAUGGACUUUACACACCCUAACGGUGAACCAGAAGUUAUUUUAGAGCCAUUUGAUGAUAUCUUACCCGGCUUCCAGCAGAGAUACUUCGAACUAGGUGGGAAAGGCGGUGAGAAGAGAGUAGUCGAAGCGUAAAAAAGGAGUGCAGUGGAAAUGUACAGAAAAACCUACCACACGUUGCACUGGUAAUUUAAUGAAAAGUUCGCACCACAUCCAAAAUAGAAAUUUGAAAGUGUGUGGUCGAUGAUAAAGCUAGCAAAUUGUAUGAUUUCGCUUCAUGCUUACCCCCACAUUGCGUUGGAAGUCAGUACGUUCCUGAAAAUAAUAAACGUAUGUGACACACUCAUGGUGCUGAAACGCAGGACCCAUAUGCAUC